AUGUAUUUCACUUUAGCCCUCGUUUUGCUGACUGUGUUCAGUUCUGCCUACUGCUCUGGCAAAGACUCAUAUGGAUAUGGUAGCGGGUAUGGCUCUGGAUAUGGAUCCGGAGUUGGAUCUGGAUUACUCCUCGGAUCUGUUGGAGGCGGAUAUGGUGGAUAUGGGCUCGGAUCCGGUGUUGGAUCAUUGGCUGUUCUAGGAGGUGUAUCCGGUGCCGGAUAUGGACCAGUAGGUAAAGGCGGAUAUGGACCAGCACCAGUUGUUGUCAGUGGUGGAUACGGUUCAGGAUAUGGCUCUGGGUAUGGAUCCGGAAUUGGAUCCACAGUACUUUUAGGAGGUGGCGGUAGUGGAUAUGGUGGUUACGGACUCGGAUCCGGUAUCGGAUCUGUAGCUGUUCUAGGAGGUGUUUCCGGUGCUGGAUAUGGACCAGUAGGCAAAGGCGGAUACGGACCAGCACCAGUUGUUGUCAGUGGUGGAUACGGUUCAGGAUAUGGCUCUGGGUAUGGAUCCGGAAUUGGAUCCGCAGUACUUUUAGGGGGUGGCGGUAGUGGAUUUGGUGGUUACGGACUCGGAUCCGGUAUCGGAUCUGUAGCUGUUCUAGGAGGUGUUUCCGGUGCUGGAUAUGGACCAGUAGGAAAAGGCGGAUACGGACCAGCACCAGUUGUUGUCAGUGGUGGAUACGGGUCUGGAUAUGGCUCUGGAUAUGGUUCCGGAGUUGCAUCUGCAGUCCUUCUAGGAGGUGGAGCAGGAUACGGACCAGUUUCAGUUGGAGCUGUUGGUGUCGGAGGUGGUUAUGGUUACGGAAAAGGAUCAAAAUACUAG